GCUGCGCUCAGUCUCCGCCCUGCAGCCCGGAGCGAGCCCGCCGCGCCGCCGCUGUCAGCGCCCGUCCGUCCGCCCGCAGCCCGCCGCAGCCCGCCGCCUCGCCAUGCCCAACUUCGCCGGCACCUGGAAGAUGCGGAGCAGCGAGAAUUUCGACGAGCUCCUCAAGGCGCUGGGUGUGAACGCCAUGCUGCGCAAAGUGGCGGUGGCGGCUGCGUCCAAGCCGCACGUGGAAAUCCGCCAGGACGGGGAUCAGUUCUACAUCAAGACGUCCACCACCGUGCGCACCACCGAGAUCAACUUCAAGGUCGGAGAGGGCUUCGAGGAGGAGACCGUGGACGGACGCAAGUGCAGGAGUUUGGCCACUUGGGAGAAUGAGAACAAGAUCCACUGUGCACAGACUCUGCUCGAGGGGGACGGCCCCAAAACUUACUGGACCCGCGAGCUGGCCAACGACGAGCUCAUCCUGACGUUCGGCGCCGAUGACGUGGUCUGCACCAGAAUUUACGUUCGGGAGUGAAGGCAGCCGGCGUGCCCUGAACUUCGGGGGUGUUCCCCUGAGAAACGUCUAGGUCUGAGCUGCCAGUGCACCCCCCUUACCCCGUACCAACUUUAGGUGACCCCGUUUCCCCUGUGACGGUCUAGUAGUGUCCCCCUAAGGCCUCUGUACCCCCGAGUCCCUGCUGCUCCGUAGUGUGGCAUCUGCAUGCUUUCGCCCGCCAUUAAACUGGUCAGCCGCACUGCAA